AUUUAUUCAACCAUUUAAUCAACAAAUAUAUGUUAAAAAUAUCAGCUUCUGAGUAAUUAAAAUAGCAAAAAAAGCCCUAACGCUAAAAACAUGACAAUUUCCCUUUGGCCUCAAUAAUAUUGGAGAAGGAUUCUAGUUUAUUCAGCCUUUAUCGCCUCUUAGUGGAGAUCAUCCGGAAAGACAGAUGGGAAAGUGGGAGGUGCACGCUCAAGUUCCUGGUUGCAUGGAAACAGGUGUGCUUGUGGGUCGGAGCUAACUAGAAAUAAUCUGUACACCGCACAGUUUGACUAUGUUGCUAUUCUAAACUAGAUUACUGGAUUUAACAAAUUAGUUUAAUUGCUUGUUAUUGAAUUAUUUUCGACAAAGUGCAGUGAUUGCAUGGAUAUUAUUAUUAUUAUAGCCUAUGUUGCAUAGAAACAACCAGUAGGCUAUUGUACUCAGUCGUACAAUAGGAGUAGAUCAAGCCGAGGAAAACCAAGAUACCGGAGCGUGUCAUUUGUUUCUGACAGAGCCGUCACAACCUGUUAAUGUCAUUAGCUAGUGACCAGCUAGCUACACAACCAUCAUCGUCCUUCGUAUAUGUUUUAGACCCAAACACAUCUCACGACCGAUGUGGACACUGUGCGUCUCCCUUUCUCUAGUUCCGGCGCUAGUGCUACUAUCGUCAUCCCGUUAUCGGGUCUCUUUGACCGCGCUAUGUUGGCGUGUGUUGCAUCGGUUGCUGAAGUCAGCUCGGAGACAGGGGAGGUGCUGGAUGAGGCGGUGAGGCGUGUUGCUCCUCGGUGUGUGCUGGAGCUGGGGACCCACUGUGGCUACGCCUCCAUCCGGAUCCUGCGCCUGCUGCCCCCUGGUGGCCGGCUGCUCACGGUGGAGCAGGACGCUCAGAGCGCUGACCUGGCAGAGGAACUCAUACUGGUGGCUGGCUUCAAGCACACCCAGUUUCAGAUCCUCAACCAGCCCUCAGCGGAGGCAAUCCCAGCCCUCAGCACUCAUCUGGGGCCGAAGUCCCGCCUGGACAUGAUCCUGAUGGACCACGACCCCCAGCGGUACCUCCCUGACCUGCUGCUCCUGGAGAGGCAGGGCCUCCUCAGCCCGGCUGGCAGCGUGCUCCUGGUCUGCUGCCCCCAGGGGCCCCAGAGCCUCUCCCCCCUGCUGGAGCACCUUGGGGCCCAAGCCUGCUCUGUCAGGGCCCAGGCCUGCUCUGUCAGGGCCCAGGCCUGCUCUGUCAGGGCCCAGACCUGCUCUGUCAGGGCCCAGGCCUGCUCUGUCAGGGCCCAGGCUCCAGGCCUGCUGGAGCUGAACUGUCACUCAGACCACCAUGAUGGAGGGGAGGGUUCAUAGUACGGUUGUGUCUCGUGUUAGGUUUGACAUAUUGUGAUUUUGUGCUCGAUUUUGUGAUGGUGACAUUGGCUAUUUUGUUAGUUGUUAAUUUGCAUGGAAUACUGUGAUUUAGUGAUUUUUGUAAUUCCAUCAUUUGGUCAUUAUUUGAUGAGGAGUCUUGACUCAAUUGUUAAAAUUUUUGUAGUCAUCAAAAUCAUUUUAAGGUAAAUACUAAUGCAUAUUUUCUACUGUGAUUAUUUUAUUAAAAUGUAAUAUAAAAGAUUAUGUACAAGGUGCUGUUGGUUUGAUUUGUGGCAACAACAAAACAACAACCUCAAAAUGUUACAGUCUCUGUCCUGGGCAACAUAUUAUUGAACAGUUUUGUGUAUAAAAUCAAUAACUUAACCACAAUUCCAAAGUCAAAUAUCCUUGAUGUGUAGUGUAAUCAUCGAAAAGAUACAUUAAAAACACAUUUUUACUCACUACACGUUUUUUUCAGUAGCUAAGGAAUUUACUUGUGUAAAUACAAACAGGAGUGGAUAAUGGAGAUGUUUUUAAAGAGCCAGUACGGAAGCGUCUACAGACGAGGUCCAUUGUGACAGAAAUGUCCACAUUCCUCCUCAGGAACAGGCCUUCCAGUCGUUAGUGUUUAGUCUUGAGGAAACACAAAGACAUUUCCUCCUUUCUCCCGGUCCAGGGGGCUUUCGAACCCGGACACUCACGGAUGUGUCAGAGACAGAAACAAAGCACUGUGUUAUGACUCCCACAGAAACACUACAUUCAGAGAAC